AUGGUGUUCACAUUUUGGAAGGUCUUUUUGAUCCUAAACUGCCUUGCAGGUCAAGUUGAUGUGGUGCAAGUAAACAUCCCAGACAAUUUUGUGAACGUGACUGUUGGAUCUGAUGUCACUCUCAUCUGCACCUACACUACUACUGAGAUGUCCAGAGACAAACUUACCAUUCAGUGGUCAUUCUUCCAUAAGAAUGAUAUGCAGCCAAGUACUCACAACUGGUGCCUCAAUACUGAGGGUAUGGAGGAAAAGGCAGUCAGUCAGUGUCUAAAAAUGACGCAUUCAAGAGACGCUCGGGGAAGAUGUAGCUGGACUUCUCAGAUUUACUAUUCUGAAGGUGGGCAAGCUUCAGCCAUUGGACAAUUUAAAGGUCGAAUAGUAGGAUCUAAGGACCCUAACAACGCAUCCAUAACUAUUUCACAUAUGCAACCAUCAGACAGUGGCAUUUAUAUUUGUGAUGUUAACAACCCUCCCGACUUCAGUGGCAAAAAUCAAGGCAUCCUCAACGUCAGUGUAUUGGUUAAACCUUCUAAGCCAUCUUGCAGCAUUCAAGGAAUACCUGAAGCUGGUCAUUCUAUAGCUCUUUCUUGCACCUCAGUGCUUGGGACACCCUCACCUCUGUACUACUGGUAUAAAGUUGAAGGAAGUAACAAAGUUCCAGUAAAAGAAGGUUUUAAUACAGCAACUGGGAUUUUGGUUAUUGGAAAUCUGACUAAGUUCGAACAAGGUUAUUAUCAGUGUACUGCUGUCAACGUCCUUGGCAAUAGUUCCUGUGAAAUCGAUCUAACUUCUUCACAUCCAGAAGUUAUGAUCAUUGUUGGGGCCUUGGUGGCAACGCUGGUAGGCGCUGCUAUUAUCAUUUCUAUUGUGUGCUUCGCAAGAAGAAAAGCAAAAAAAGCAAAGGGGACAGAAAGGAUGAGAAAUACCAACACUGCUACAGAACUUGAGCCAAUGACAAAGAAAAAUCAAAAUACAGAGUCCGAGGCAAUGCUAAAUGAAGAUGCUGCCACACUACCUGCCCAUGAAACUGGCCCUGAUACCAUCAUGGGGUCAGAUCGUGAGCCUGCACCUACCCUUGCCCCAGAACCUGCCCCAGGAUCAGAUCCUGUCCCUGUGCCUGAGCUGGAACUCCCACAGCCACAGCUACAGCCACAACCACAGCCAUAA